GAGCUGCUCUUUUUCAGGCAGUGAUUCCACCCUCAAGUCGGCUGGCAGCCGCAGGCCACCAUGACGGAGUGGACUCUGCUCAAACGCCUCCUGGACGCCGUCCACCAUCACUCCACCAUGAUCGGACGCCUGUGGCUCACCGUCAUGGUCAUAUUUCGGCUGCUUGUCGUGGCUGUGGCGACCGAGGAYGUGUACGCCGACGAGCAGGAGAUGUUCGUCUGCAACACGCUGCAGCCGGGAUGUUCCACGGUGUGCUACGACGCGUUUGCGCCCAUCUCCCAGCCUCGCUUCUGGGUCUUCCACAUCAUAAGCGUCUCCACGCCGUCCCUCUGCUUCAUCAUUUACACGUGGCACAACCUGUCCAAGCAGCCGCACAGCACCGCUCACAGGUCGGCCAAAGGAACGGAGAAMGUCCACGAGGUGGAAGGCCCCAACGCCGGGCGAAGCGGCAGACAGGAAGCCUACGAUCUCAGCUGCGACUCGGACAGCUGCUCGAUUCGCUCUCACAAGCAUCUUGGUCACAGCUUAGGCGAUGUGAUGGAGGGAAUCACCGCCCAGAGCUUCCAGAAAGGACAACCCCAAAACACAGAGCCCUUGACUCAAACUCAAGCUUGCACCAUCAGGGAGGACAGCGCUGUGGUGUCCGGCGGAGUUCUGUCCAAAUGUUAUGUCUUCCACGUAUGUUUGCGUGCCGUCUUGGAGGUCGGCUUCGUUGUGGCCCAGUGGAAGCUGUUCGGCUUCAAGGUGCCGGUCCAUUUCCUCUGUACCUCUUCCCCUUGCAGCCAGCCAGUGGACUGCUAYGUGUCCCGGCCCACGGAGAAGACCAUCUUCCUGCUCUUCAUGUUCUGUGUCGGGGUUUUCUGCAUCCUGCUCAACCUGCUUGAACUCAACCACCUGGGCUGGAAGAAGAUCCGUCAGGCCAUGAAGCUCAGGCAGCGAGCAGCCUGGAGGAGCUGUCCAGGUAUGCACAGAACGUACCAACCCUUCCCGUCCGACAGCCCCUCCCUCAUGUCUUCUUUUGGCUUUAGGGAAGUGACCGGCACCACCUCCUUGCCGAGUCUGGACCUGAUGGUGGGUCGCCAGYCCGACUGGACCUGUGCAGCAAAUUCUGUUGGUGUGAAGGGGUUUGGUGAGGUUGGAGAGCUUAAACUGGGGAAACCAAAGAUACACAACUCGCAGAAAAGAGAGAGGCCGCUUUUAAAGAAGGAGAUCGGAGGAUCUAAACAGAGAAGUGCUGAAGUCUGGAUAUAGAGUGAAACAAAAGGUCUCACUAACUUUAUUGUGUUAAAAGUUAGUAAAGAAAAAACAGUACUAUGAUAUGGUGUCAGACAUGUCUGUUAAACUGUGUUCAGUAACUUACAUCUCUUCUUAUGUUCACAUUACUGUUUUAAAACAAUCAAACAUUAACAGCCUCAUUUCAGCAUUUAUCAGGAUAAAAAAUGUA